AUGGGACUGCUGUCCGACCCAAACCGGCGGCGGGCUCUGAUCGGCCUGCUAACCCGCCUCAAUGCCCCCAUCUGUGUCGUGUGCUACAUGGCGGGCGUGGCCUGGUUCAUGGGGUUGGCCUUCGAGCCCUUCACCCUGCGCACCUACAUGUCGGAGAACGCCAUGGGCUCCACCAUGGUGGAGGAGCGCUUCCCUGCCGGGGAGCGGGCGCUGGCCACCGGGAGAGAGUUUGCAGCCCAUAAGAAGAAAACGGGGGGGAUGCCGGUGGACUGGCUGGUGAAGACCAUGCAGUCUCGGGGGCUGGAGGUGUUCACGCAGAGGUUCUCUCGCCGGCUGCCUUUUCCUGACGAAGACAAAGAGCGAUACAUGGUAAAAGGCACAAAUGUCUACGGGAUCCUUCGGGCACCGAGAGCCCCGCGGACUGAAGCCCUGGUGCUGAGUGCCCCCUGCACCGCGGGCGACCACAACAACCAGGCCGUGGGGCUGCUACUCGGCUUGGCGCAGUAUUUCAGGAAUCAGGUCUACUGGGCCAAAGACAUCAUCUUCCUGGUGAACGAGCACGAUCUGAUCGGCAUGCAGGCCUGGCUGGAGGGCUACCACCACACCAACACCACGGGUAUGGACUGGUCCCCCCUUCAAGGCCGCGGGGGUUCGAUCCAGGCGGCUCUGUCCCUGGAGCUCAGCAGCGACGUCGUGACCAGUCUGGACCUGGUGCUGGAAGGCCUCAACGGCCAGCUCCCCAACCUGGACUUGGCCAACCUCUUCUACGCCUUCUGUCAGAAGAUCGGAGUGCUCUGCACCACCCAGGGGAAGCUGCAGAGGAACGACUGGGACAGCGUGUCGGGCUACAGCCACGCGGUGCAGACCAUGAUGCUGAUGGCGAUGAAGCAGGCCAGCGGGCGGCCGUGGGGCGAUCACGGCCUUUUCCUGCGGUACCACAUCGAGGCCGCCACCAUCAAGGGCAUCAACAGCUUCCGCCAGUACAAGACCGACGCCACCACCGUCGGAAGGCUCCUGGAGGGGAUGUAUCGUAAGCUGAAUAACCUCCUGGAGCGCCUCCACCAGUCCUACUUCUUCUACCUCAUGUCGUCCCUCUCGCACUUUGUCUCCAUUGGUUACUACAUGCCGGCCUUCGGCCUCCUCGGCGUCAUCCUGCUGCUUCGCGCCUUAGACCUGUGGGUUCAACUCGCGUCUCCACCUCCCAGAACAGAAGAUGGAGUCGUUGACGCUGAGCAGGUAUCCAGUCCGGGAGUUCUGUCCGUGCUGACUCCCCUGGUGAUCAGCCACCUGACGGGGGCGGCGCUCUACACCCUGCCCAUCCAUUUCCAGGAGAUGGCGGUGGAGCACUUCCCCGUGUCGGAGACCGAGGCCGUGGUGCUGACGGCCAUCGCCGUCUACACGGCGGGCCUGGCUCUGCCUCACAACACCAACCGGCUGCUGACGGGUCAGGGCACGGAGCAGGGCUGGAAGGUGCUGAAGCUGGUGGCCGUGCUCUACCUGGCCGUGCUGCUGGGCUGCACCGCGCUCAUCAACUUCUCCCUGGGCUUCAUCCUGGCUCUCACGCUGGUGCCCGUGGCCGCCUUCGUCACGCCCAACGUGCCAAAGGUUCUAUCAGCCUUCGUCCUGGUCGUCCUCAGUCCAGCCUGCACGCUGCUCUUUUCUGUCUUCUUCUUCCAAGAGUUGCAGGAAAUGCCUGUGAGCUUCCUGGACGGUUGGAUGCUGUACCUGUCAGUCAUCUCUCAGGGCAUCCUGGACCACGCCCUCUACGGCUCCCUGGUUUACCCGCUGGUAGCGCUGCUCGUCUACCCCUGCUGGCUGCUUUUCUGGAACAUCCUCUUCUGGAAGUAAAAGGGAGGACGGAGAGGACGACCUUCACAGGGAACAAACCCCCCCGAGGGUGUAAUGUGAAUCACAGUUGAAUCCACUUGAGAUCGGAAAAGACGAAUAUCUACAGUGACUCUGGACGUGUAAAACGGGGAAAAGAAAUCAGGCUUUUUUUUUUCUUUUACUGAGUAACUCACAUAACGAUCUUCUCCAAAAAAAGCUGUAAAUGUUAUGGUUUGUUUGCUUUUGGUAACAUGUGACUGGCUGAACUUAUUUGUGGUACAUAAACACGUUAAGCUUUUUUUUUUUUUUUUCCAGGCAGGGUGUUAGUGGGAAAACUGUCACCUUAAAUCCAACUGUGGAGACAGAGGAAACUACCCGAAUCUUUUUAUACUUGUUUUGAGAACUUUCUGGAAAUGUUAUUUCAUAUUUAUAAAUGCCAAAUUAAAAAAAAAAAAAA